CCAGACAGCCCGGAUGGCGGUCGCGGCGGCAGGGGCAGGGGCUGGGGCUGGCGCGGGCGGCAGGCGCGGCCGCCACUGACGGCUAGUUGGGCGCCCAGAGCAGACGGAGGCCGUGUGGCUGACCAUCCCGUGCACGCAGGCCGAGGAUGCAGCGCUGGAAGGCGGCGGCCUUGGCCUCGGUGCUCUGCAGCUCGGUGCUCUCCAUCUGGAUGUGUCGGGACGGCCUGCUCCUCAGCCACCGCCUCGGACCCGCGCUGGCCCCGCUGCGCCGGCCCCCUCGCACCCUGGACGCCCGAAUCGCCCGCCUGGCCCAGUACCGUGCACUACUGCAGGGCGCCCCGGACGCGGUGGAGCUGCGCGAGCUGACGCCGUGGGCCGGGCGGUCCCCAGGUUCGCGCCGUCGGGCGGGGCCCCGGCGGCGGCGCGCACGCGCGCGGUCGGGGACACGGCCGUGCGGACUACGCGAGCUCGAGGUGCGCGUGAGCGAGCUGGGCCUGGGCUACGCGUCGGACGAGACAGUGCUGUUCCGCUACUGCGCAGGCGCUUGCGAGGCGGCCGCGCGCGUCUACGACCUGGGGCUGCGGCGCCUGCGCCAGCGGCGGCGAGUGCGGCGGGAGCGGGUGCGCGCGCAGCCCUGCUGCCGCCCGACGGCUUACGAGGACGAGGUGUCCUUCCUGGACACGCACAGCCGCUACCACACGGUGCACGAGCUGUCGGCGCGCGAGUGCGCCUGCGUGUGACCCUACCUCACUGGGCCCGGCGAGAUGGUGGCCACGCCUCCCGUCCCGACGGCACCCACCGUCUGGCCUGGCAAGCCCCACGACGGACUGCCCAUGGGCAGAAGAUGCCGUCGAGGCCUCAGGACUCUCGUGAUAACUGUACUAAAAUAAAGAGUGUAAAAUCGA